GUGCAAGCCAGGUGAACGGAGUCCCUGGCAAGUUCAUCCUGGCCAACAAGGACUCGACGAGCGUCUUCACCAUCGACGACGAUGGGCAGACAGAAGUCCUUGGCAGUUCUUUGAUCGUGGGCAGGCCAGGUGCCAACGAGUCCAACCUGUACAUCGGCACGAAUCAGCCCUGGAAUCUGCAGACCGGCUUGUUCCAGGGCGAAUCGAUGUUCGAGUUGACGGAUCCAAUGUACAGGCCAAG